CCCUAGCUGGCAUCUUCCAUCCACCCCCGCCUCCUAUCUUUCUUUUGUUCUCUCCCUCCCUCCUCUCCCCCGAUCCAGAUCCCCCUCGUCCCUCUCGUCGUCCUCGGCGGCGGCAUCUGGCUGAGCCACCGGGCCGCCGCCACCGACUGCGAGCGGUUCCUGGAGCGGCCGGUCAUCGCGCUGGAGGCGCUGCUCCUGCCGCGUCUUCAUCGUCUUCUCCUUCGUCGUCACCAACCGUGUCCGGACCUCCCCCAAAGGCGAAUCGGCGAUGAGUUCCACCGGAGGCGUCGUCGGCCGCGGCAAGGCGAAGGCAACCAAGUCGGUGUCGCGGUCGUCCAAGGCCAGGCUCCAGUUCCCCGUCGGUCGCAUCGCGCGCUACCUAGGCCGCGGCAAGGCGAAGGAGACCAAGUCGGUGUCGCGGCCGUCCAAGGCCGGGCUCCAAUUCCUCGUCGGGCGCAUCGCGCGCUACCUCAAGGCCGAAAAGUGACCUCCAUGGACGAAAUCGACAAUGAGGAGGAGGACGACCAGGAUCUGCGUCCCACUGCCUCCCACUUCAACACCGACCGCCUCCUCGCUUGUUCCACCGGCUCAGUCCGCUGCUCCGGCCGCCCCCCUCUGUUUGCCCACCGGCAGAGGGUUCGGCGCUUGUUUUUCCGGCGAGCAUGCUCUGGGGCGUGUGGAGGAAGGGGAAGGGAAAGGAGUAUGGCGGGGAAGGGGAAGGCAGAGGAGGUGUACGUGGCGUCGAUCGACCAGGGCACCACCAGCACCAGGUUCAUCAUCUACGACCGCCACGCCAGCCCCGUCGCCUCCCACCACCUCGAGUUCAAGCAGCAGUACCCGGAGGCCCGGACGUCAAGUAACAGGGCUGCUUCAACAUAUUUGUAGAAGUUGCCGCUGCUGUAGGUGGAACACGAAGAAGCCCUCAUGGCUGCUGCACAUCUGAAUUGGUGUUUUGUGUCCUGGAAGAUGGAAGAGGAAGAAAACUUAUUUUUGUUGAACUAAAUUUUCUGUAUUCUGUUUUGUUGUAUGUAUCAGUUGAUAGUUUUGUAUAGGAACAAGUGAUACUAGUUUGUACGGCUUUAUGGCCUGUGAUGUAAACAUAUUUAGUGCUGAAAUAUGAAAUUAUUUGCAAAUUUUGUCGAAAA